AUGCGCCCAGGAGACCCCCGUAUUCGCCAGACUAUCAACCAGAUCUCGCAGAACCUCGAAUCCGCCAACGAGUCCGCACAGGAAGGGAUAUACGCCUUUGCCCACCACUACAUCGAGCCGUGCUUCCUAAGCGUACAGGAGUGCUUUACUUCUUGUACUGCUCCCUGUUUCCCCAGCCGCGAUGACCAGCUGCGUCGACGGCGACGAGAACGCUCCAAUGGCCGUGCGGAGUUUACUUUUGGUUUCUACGAUGAUUGGGACUACGAUGAGGAUGCGCGCGAAGAUGGACUACUAGGCUGGCGGAAUGAUGAGCUUGACAGGCUUCUGGCUGGCAGCAGCUCUGCGCGCACAUCCAAUGACCAGCCGCGCAUGAACAGGCGGAUGAGUUACGGCGCACGGCGGAGGGGUUCUAUCCUACCCAGCGACGAGCGGCAAGAUCCAACAGUUAUCCCGAGCUCGUCCAUCCUUGGAUUUCUCGAGCGAUUUCCCUGGAGGAUAGGCGCAAGAGGCAUUCGAUAUCGUCCGUCUGCCGCCAAUUUACAAGAUAAUCCCGGCGGUUUGAAGCGUGAUGUACAGGAACAAGCGCCAUUACUAGAAGCCAGCGACGAAAGUGACCAUUCAGGAGGCGGAAACAAGGACAGCAAUCAGAAUUAUAAAGCAGAAUUUCAUCCGAGGAAGCGCCGUGUGACGAAGAGGGAAGAUGCUGUUCCUUUAGAUGACGAAAUCAAUAUAAUGACACUCGGGCGUCGCCGCAGUAGUCUUGGCGGUGGUGAUGAGUCUGUCUUUUCUAUUCCACAUUCCAUCUCUGCCUCGACGAAGGAGACACCUUCCUCUCAAGCCUCACGCACGAGCAAAGGCAAAGGCAAGCGAAGGAGGAGAGACAGAGACUCGAAACGGCGCCAUAGCAGCAUUAUGAUUGAACCGGCGGUUGACGGAGCUUCGUUAACUGACCUAAAGAGAGAGGAAGAUGAGGCUCGGCUAGAGGAAGAAAAGCCCAUAGAAAGGAGUCGGCUAGCUGCACGGGACCUUGCUAGAGAGAACGGACUAAAGCUAACCGACUCUGCUACAGAGCCACCGAUCACAGCCUUAAAGCAUCAUCAACCCACAUCCCCUUUCAGCAACUCUCAACCCCACACACCUGUCUCGGUAUCACAAUCAGGCCAGCCUGACCAAGGCCCCAAUGCUACCAUCGCCGCAGACAACCCUGAACCCGAACCCCAUUCCCCAAAACCCCUCGAUACCAAGUCAUCAGACCCAUGA